AUGGUCGGGCGCACCAAAGGCUUUGUAAGCAGAGUGAAGGAAAGAAAUCCAGAUGUGAUUGUUACACAUUGUUUUUUACACCGUGAGGCCCUCGUAGCCAAGACUUUACCAGCAGACCUAGUUCCUGUGUUGGAUGAUGUUGUGCGCAUGGUAAACUUUGUAAAGUCACGACCCGUGCAAAGUCGCAUAUUUGCAGCUUUGUGUGAGGAGAUGGGAGCGAAGCAUAAAACCUUGCUGUUUCAUACGGAGGUCCGGUGGUUGUCGCGUGGCAAGGUCUUGGUUCGUGUGUAUGAGCUGCGGGAGGAACUUAAAGUGUUUCUGACAAAUGAGAGGUCAGAUUACGCAAAGCUGCUUGCAAGUGAUGAGUGGUGUGCAAGGCUGGCAUACCUGGCAGAUAUUUUUCAUCUUACAAGUACAGAUAAAAUAAAUGGAUUCCGUUCAAAGGUGCAACUCUGGCAUCAACACGUGGAAAGUGGCAAUCUUGAAAUGUUCACACUCACCAAGCAAUGGCAAAGUGUUCACACUGCUGCACUGUGUGAGAUAAUAGUUAAACAUUUAAAAACUCUCGAGGAGAAGUUGUCAUUUUAUUUCUCUUCAGUCUCCACUGAAUGCCUUGACUGGGUUAGGGACCCUUUUAGCUCAGCAUCAAUUGGUGGAAAGGACAUGACUUUACAGGAGCAGGAGGAACUAACUGAACUGAGACAAAAUCGUGGUUUCAAGCUAAGAUUUGCUGAUCUACCUUUGGACAGUUUUUGGUUGGAUACUGCCAAGGAGUUCCCCGUUCUGGCAAACAAAGCUAUUUUGACAUUGCUCCCAUUUUCCACUACAUAUCUGUGUGAGAUGAGCUUUUCAAGCCUGACUGCUAUAAAAACUAAAGACAGAGAGAGACUGAGAGCUGUUGAUGAAGAGCUACGUGUGUGUCUUUCUUCGAUUCCUGCCAAAAUAUCAGCUUUGUGUUCAGAAAAACAGGCCCAGGUUUCGCACUGA